AUGGCCAAAAACAACAGUUCACCUCCAGCAGGAGCAAGCAAAGAGCAAGCCACAAACCGCUUAAACCAACUCUCAUCACAUAUAUCCCCAGCCAAACAAAAAAAGACCCAAGCAAACCGCCUGCCAGCAGAUCACUCAGACGUCCUAACCCAAAUAAACAACCUGCGCACCAUAGCAGCAACCCCAGACCCCAAAAACAGAGGCUACAUCCGCCAAAAACAAGCCGGAAAACUAUGGGUGCGCGAACGAAUCGACCAACUCCUCGACGCAAACACCUUCACAGAAAUCGGCUCCGUAUCCGGCACAGUAACAUGGGCCAAAACAGCCCCUAUGCGCGAAAAGCCCGUAGCCUUUGUGCCGAGCAAUAACGUCCAAGGCGCGGGCUUGCUGCGUGGCCGGAAGGUUCUCCUCACGGCUGAUGAUUUCAGUAUUCGGUCUGGACAUGCUGAUGGUGCGAGUACCGGGAAGACGGUUUAUGUUGAGAAACUUGCUAUUGCGUUGCGGAUUCCGGUUGUUAAGCUUGUUGAUGGGAGUUCGGGGGGUGGGAGUGUUACUACGAUUAAGAAGGAAGGGUGGAGUUAUUUGCCCCAUGUUGCUUCUUUUCCGUUUGUUGUGCAGCAGUUGAAUAUGGGGAUUCCGAAUUUGGGGGCUGUUGUUGGUCCUGCGAUUGGACUCGGUGCCGCGAGAGUCGUAUCAUGUCACUUCUCCGUAAUGGCUGCUGAUAUCGGCGCUCUAUUUAAUGCCGGCCCCAAAGUCGUCGAGGGCGCGACCUUCGAGGAAGGUCUGGACUUCCAAGAUCUGGGCGGUCCAAUGGUCCAUUGUAUGAACGGUACAAUUGACAACCUCGCUGCCAACGAGGCAGAGUGCUACGAACAAUUACGGGUCGUCUUGAGCUACCUCCCUAACUCGGGCAGCGAGGCUCCCCCAGUAAUUCCAUGCACAGACCCCGAAGACCGCGAAGAUAUUGCACUACGGAGUAUCAUCCCCCGACGCCAAGCUCGCAUGUACAAUGCCCGGACGAUCAUCACUUCAGUCGUCGAUCAGGAUUCCUGGUUCGAGAUCGGUGCCCUCUGGGGGCGGACUGCUAUCGGCGGACUUGCACGUCUAGGCGGACGUCCUGUUGGGGUUAUUUCGCUUAACUGUGAAGUGAAUGGUGGUGCAUUGGAUGCUGCUGGGAGUCAGAAACUCACGCGGCUGCUUAAGUUGUGUGAUGUGAUGAACUUGCCUAUUUUGCAGUUCCUUGAUGUCCCGGGAUAUGCUAUUGGCACUGUUGCGGAGCGUACCGCUACCAUGCGCUGGGGCGUUGAACUCGCUAAGGCUUACUUCAGCACCACCGUGCCGGUCUUUAAUGUGGUUACGCGGCGCGUAUUCGGUGUUGCUGGUGGUGUUAUGCUUGGAUGUCGGGAUCCGGUUAUGCAGGUUGCUUGGCCGUCUGGGCAAUGGGGUUCGUUGCCACUCGAUGGAGGUAUUGAAGUCGGCCAUAGACACGAACUGAGAGAAGCCGAGAAGAUUGGUAAGAAGGAAGAACUGUAUCAAGAGUUAGAAGAGGAGUAUCUGCGGCUUAUGAACCCGGUGCGCACGGCGAAUGCGUUUGGGAUUGAGGAGAUUAUUGAUCCGAAGGAUACGCGAAAAGUCUGUUGUUCGUGGGCUGAGCAUGUUUACGAGGUGCUUAUUCGAGAGAGAUUGGCGGAUCGGGCUUCUGGGAAGAUUUCACCUACUUUUGCUUGA